AUGCAGCAGUUCAAAGAACUGUUCAUCAUUACAGAACGCGAGUUGCUGCACUCGGCGGAUGGCAUACCGAUCAUCAAGCACCAGGUGAUGGCUAUGCUGUGGGACCUGAGCAUUGAGGUAACAGGAAGCGAUGGAUCAAGAUUCACGAGUGACCAUCAUCAAUGUGGAGUUGCGGCUGUAGUGCCCCAAGAGCUGGUGAUGCAUGCAACACCUUCGUUGCUUGGUCAGUGGCCCUGGCAUGGGGCUCUGUACCAUCGUAUCAAUCGUAACAAGCCGGCGUAUGCUUGUGGACUUACCGUGGUCAGCAAAUUCUACACGAUCACCGCCGCUCAUUGCACCUACCCACGUGAAAAGCAUACGAAGUUGGUACCGUCUGAGAUGUUGGUAUACCUGGGAAUCUCCAAUAUAGAGCUUCCAGGCUUUUUGCUUCGUCAAUUUGCAGUCAAGUCCAUUGUGAGACAUGAAAACUAUCAAACCGAUGAUGUUCGCUAUGAUAUUGCGCUGCUCAAAGUUGCUCAGCCUGGAAUCGAGUUCAAUAACUACAUACGCCCAAUCUGUUUCUGGAGAGGUGACGCUUCGGAGGCUGCAAUUGUUGGAAAAAAUGGAUACUCACCCGGUUGGGGACUGAAUGAAAAUGGCGAACUGCCCCCCGAGCUGCAGCAUGCCGUAAUGCCCAUUGUUUCCAGAUGGCGUUUUGUGCUGGUUUCCGAAAUGGAACAUCAGUUGGAAGAGGCGAUAGUGGAGGUGGGUUAUACAUCCAGAAAAAUGGCGUGUGGCUUCUCCGAGGAAUUGUAA